GCCGGAGGAAGUAGUACCGGUACCCGCCCGCGCUCGCGCUCCAUAUAUUAGUUUGGCAGAACCCCACCUACUCUGCCACAUGCACCAGACUGCUCUAGAUUGAUCGCCUAAGUUCCUACCUUCAUCGAUAUUUGUACCUAUGUAUUUUAUAGAAAGCUUCCCUUCCUUUCAAUGUUAUUAGCACCAGCCUUAUGAUUUAUUGCUUUCCGCCUCCCAAGUAAACUAGCUUCGAAGGAUACCAGGCUGCUACUAAGGCCUACUGCCACAAUGAACAAGGACGGCUGCUACACGUACGUGCACAUGCAAAGUCCCCGCGACGCCGACAUGUUCGAGGACUUUUGCAAGGACAAGCUGCCCGACGACGAGAUAUACGUGCCGCCGCACCACCAGCCCAUCAACCCCGAGGACGAGGACGAUGUAGUGCCCGACCAACACGCCGCCUUUGGCAUACAGAAGGCUACCCAGCGUAGCAAAGAGCCUGCCUGGAAAGACCUGGGCCUGGCUGAGCUUAUGGGGAAAGGUCCCGUGUCGGGAAAGGCUGGAGGGGCCAAUAGAGGCGGCAGUGGAGUCUUUAAGAUGUAUAAAGGACUUCCACGAUGAAGCGAUGGGCACAUUUGCGGGAAGAUAUUUAUAACUUUGCAUUCAGUGGAUGGGCGGAAUGAAUGAUAGGCGCAUGGAAAUAUCUAUGGGCGGAAUAGGAGUUAACACGGCGAAUGGGUGUAGUGUCACUCUUUCUGGGUCACA